AUGGCAUCUCAAACUUCCACCUCUGAUCACUUCCAAUAUCCAGUUCAGGAGCAAGGGGCUCCUCGUCUGUCGCUAAAGGCUGAUGGAGGACAACAAGAGCGAGUUCGGUUCGACCCCAAGAAGCACCUGCGCUUCCAGAUGCCCGACAAGACUUACACUUUAGAGGACCUCAAAUACGAAACCAAACAGGCUGUUGGUAAGGUGGCUGCCACAGAUCCAUUUCCACUUUUCUCUCCCGAGGCCAUUGUCGAGAUGCGGCGGGAGCUUUUGAGCGAACGUACCAUCAAAAACUGCAUGACGUACACCAGGCCAGGCUCGGUGCAGAUACGAGGUGCUGCUCCCCAGUACGCACCAUUCGUAUAUGAAGCGUGGACACACCCGGAGACGAUCAAGGCCGUGUCACAGGUUGUUGGACUUCCAGUCAAAAUAAACAUCCAACAAGAAAUUGGGCAUACAAAUGUCCAACUUGGACCUGAUGGCCUUGAAGGUCUCAAGAAGUUGACACCCGAACCAUUGGAGCCAAAGGCCCCUGGUGAGGAUGUCCAAGAGGAGGACAUCAUCCAGGAUAAAGAUACGGACGUCAUUGAGUGGCAUAACGACAUGUACCCGUGGUCACUAGUCGUGUCUCUGUCACUUCCUCAAGGAAAGGGAGGCGAGACAGCAUGCCUCUGUGGCGACGGAUCCAUUAUUAAGGCUGCAAAACCCGACGUGGGAUAUGGAGUUCUUUUGCACGGAAACGUGGUCAAGCACAAGGCAGUUCGUGCCAUUGGUGCCGAAGAGCGUAUAACCAUGGUUUGCUCCUGGUGGCCAGCCGAUCCCUUGCUGUAUGAUGACUCCAAGAUUUCUCACACCCGUGACGUCUCAUACAAGCCGGAAAUGUAUUAUCAAUGGACCACAUACCGACUUGAAGUCUUGGCCGCCAGAUGCCUUGAAAAAGCAAAACAGCUUCACCAGAAGCACGAGAACAAGAAGGAUUACUCAGAGGUUGUCGUCGAGCCGCAACAGUUUGCAGAAUGGGCGAAGGAGCAGAUCGCCUUCUUCGAGAGAACAUAUGACCAUGUUAAAUAG